UGGUCAGGUUGAGGAAUCUUGGUCUUGCUGCUGCUGCUACUCAGGGCCAGAUCUUCACUUCAUCAUUUCCUUCUUCUCCGUCUGGCUUCAUCACCAUCAGAAAGAAGAGGCUUAGUAGGAGGUUGAUUGGUGAGAGGUUGAUAUCUAAAAUGGCUGACCAUGAACAAAAGGCAGUCACUGCAGAUGUCUCCUCAGGGGAUAUGAUUUUUCAACCUAUAUUGGAGGAUGGAGUCUUUCGAUUUGAUUGUCCUCCAAAUGAUAGAGAUGCAGCAUAUCCUAGUUUAUCUUUUAUAAACAGCAAGGAUAGGGAAACACCCAUUAUGAGUCACAAGGUGCCCUUAUACACUCCGAAAUUUGAAUGUCUUUUUGAAAAGCAGAUUGUUAAAAUUGAGCUUCCUUCUGGUACCUCCUUCUAUGGGACUGGAGAAGUUAGUGGACAACUUGAGCGGACUGGAAAGAGAGUUUUUUCUUGGAAUGCAUGGGGUUAUGGUCCAGGAACUACAUCCUUGUACCAGUCUCAUCCUUGGGUGAUAGCUGUUCUGCCCAAUGGGGAGGCACUCGGGGUGCUUGCUGACACAACACAACGCUGUGAGAUUGACCUUAGGAAAGAAUCGAGGAUACAGUUUGUUGCUCCAUCCUCAUAUCCUGUUAUUACAUUUGGUCCAUUUCCUUCACCCACUGCUGUCUUGAUAGCUUUAUCUCAUGCAAUUGGAUCUGUAUUUAUGCCUCCAAAGUGGUCCCUCGGCUAUCAACAAUGUCGUUGGAGCUACGAUUCAGACAAGAGAGUUCUUGAGAUUGCUAGAACAUUCCAGGAGAAAGGUAUACCUUGUGACGUAAUAUGGAUGGAUAUCGAUUACAUGGAUGGUUUUCGGUGUUUCACCUUUGACAAGGACCGUUUCCCAAAUCCAAAAUCUUUGGUAGAUGAUCUUCACCAGAAUGGUUUUAAAGCUAUCUGGAUGCUUGACCCAGGGAUCAAGCAUGAAGAGGGUUAUUUUGUCUAUGACAGCGGUUCAAAAAGUGAUGUCUUGACUCAAAAAGCUGAUGGAAGGCCUUUUGUUGGGGAGGUGUGGCCUGGACCCUGUAUUUUUCCUGACUUUACGCAGUCAAAAGUUCGUUCCUGGUGGGCUAGUUUAGUUAAAGAUUUCACAUCUAAUGGUGUUGAUGGUAUAUGGAAUGAUAUCAAUGAACCAGCUGUUUUUAAGGCUGUAACAAAAACGAUGCCUGAAAGUAAUAUUCAUAGGGGAGAUGAUGAGCUUGGAGGUUGUCAAAAUCACUCUUAUUAUCACAAUGUGUAUGGCAUGCUGAUGGUAAGAUCAACAUAUGAAGGCAUGAAGUUGGCUAAUGAAAAUAAGCGUCCUUUUGUCCUCACCAGAGCUGGGUUUAUUGGUAGCCAAAGGUAUGUUGCAACAUGGACAGGAGAUAACCUUUCAAAUUGGGAGCAUCUUCAUAUGAGUAUAUCCAUGGUACUUCAAUUGGGACUUAGUGGUCAGCCGCUUUCAGGACCUGAUAUUGGUGGGUUUUCUGGAAAUGCAACACCCCAGCUUUUUGGAAGGUGGAUGGGUGUAAGUGCUAUGUUUCCUUUUUGCCGCGGGCAUUCUGAAACUGACACUAUUGACCAUGAACCCUGGUCUUUCGGGGAAGAGCUGUUUCUAAUUCCUAUUUUUGGGUUUGAAGAGAUCAUCAUGCAGUACAUAGAAUUUGAGUGA